AAAGUGAUAAACGAAUUAUUGGUUGUGUAUACCAAUCAGUUACUUGACAACGAGCAUUCUGGAUCCCGAGCUUUGCUUAGAAAUGAUCAGCAUGUCACUGCUGAAGACAUGGACUUGGUGCAACAGUCUGAAGAUACGGUAAGUAACAAGAUUGCUAUAAAGCGCGUGCUUCUAAGAUUGAAAUGAGACGGAGGAGUAUAGUUGAGUUUGAGGAAGGAUGGGAUUUUAUACAGAAGGGAAUCAAAAAAGUGAAGAGAAUUCUGGAAGGAAAGCCAGAAUCAUUCAGGGCUGAAGAAUCCAUGAUGUUAUACACAGUUAUAUAUAACAUGUGUUCACAGGCACCUCCUCACAGUUACGCUCCGCAGCUGUAUGAUAAGUACAAGGAAGUACUUGAUGAAUACAUCAAUUCCACCGUUCUCCCUGCUUUAAGAGAGAAGCAGGAUGCUGAGUUAAUGUUGAGGGAGCUUGUGAAGAGGUGGGAAAAUCAUAAAUGUAUGAUCAGGUUUCUCUCACGGUUCUUCUAUUAUCUUUCACUGUAUCAUAUUCCUCGACGCAAUCUAUCUACACUGGACAAAGCUGGUCUGACAUGCUUCCACAAUUUGGUUUAUCAGGAGUUGAGUGGUAAAGCUAUAAAUGCAGUUAUUGUGUUGAUUGAAAAAGAACGUGAGGGUGAGCAGAUUGAUAGAGCUUUAGUGAAGAACGUUCUUGAUAUAUUUGUUGCAAUUGGAAGGGGGGAAAUGGAGUAUUAUGUUGAUGACUUUGAAGAUGCAAUGCUUAGAGAUACUGCAACUUAUUAUUCUCGAAAAGCUUCAAGUUGGAUCGUGGAAGAUUCUUAUUCGGAUUAUAUGUUGAAGGUGGAAGAGUGCUUGAAGAAAGAGAAGGAAAGAGUGUCUCAUUAUCUUCACGUUAGUAGCGAGACAAAACUUCUGGAGAAAGUGAAAAACGAAUUAUUGGUUGUGUAUGCCGAUCAGUUACUUGAGAAGGAGCAUUCUGGAUCCCAUGCUUUGCUUAGAGAUGAUAAGGCUGAAAGUUCAGGCUCGUCUUGCCGGAUGAUACCAUAAUGCAACCAUCAUCCUCUAUUUCAGCAUUUCACCAUGAUGGCCAAGUGUUUACUGGAGUCUUAUUUUUUUUCAUGUUGUGUUAUGUUAUAUGGUCUCUAUGACAAUGUUUCACUAUAGAAGCCAAUAUUUCGCUAUUUUUCAUGACUCUAUAGACGCAUUACACAUGCGGAUGUCUGCAUUUCAUGAUCCUUUGUUAAAUUCUUCAAUAGUAACAAUACUAAAGUAAAAUUUGCUUGGCCUGUCCAGUUUUACA